AUGUCUGCGCCGGAGCCCAUCAACAAACACUCUCACACCGACUUCAACGUCUUGAUCAUCGGCGCUGGAGUGUCUGGCAUGCUCUUGGCCCUUGAGUGCAAGAGGUUGGGUCUCGAUCCCACCAUUCUGGAGAGAAGAUCAUCGGUCGAGACUGGAGGAGACUUCAUUGUGAUUGGUGACAGCGCUGUCAAAGUUUUUGAUCACUGGCCGCAGCUCAAAGCCGAUUACGAUGAAAUGUCCUACAAGGUUGACGCGUAUUACAGCCGCCACAAUGGAGAGCCCGUUGUUGGCCCCGUGCCUCUCAAGGCAACGAUUGGGAGGCCCUUGUUGCGUCGCAACUUGGUCAGUAUGCUCGAAGCGGCAGUGGUACGACAAAAAAUCCCCAUCCUCUUCAACAAAAAGGUUUCUGCUUAUUUCGAGACUGAGGACGUUGGAGGAAUCGAGUUAUCGAAUGGUCAACGCAUGACGGCCGACGUAGUCGUUGCGUGUGACGGGCUUCACUCAGCUUCUUGGCAAGUCAUCACCCAAAAAAAGGACGACACGAUCAGUAGUGGUUCUGCUGUUUAUCGCACUUCUGUUUCCGCAGAUUAUAUCUUUCAAAAAGACCCGAGUCUGAGGGAGCAUUUUGGCUUGCACGAAGGGCGACAAUACUUGAAAUGGUUCAACGGACCAGGGGUACAUGGCCUCGUAUUUUCGGACGGGGAGACUAUUUGUUGGUCCAUCCAUCAUCCAGCCAACGAAAACACCUCUACCGAGUCUUGGUCUGCCACCAUUGACGGCGAGCUCGUCGCUAAGCAGCUAUGUCAAGACCAUCCAGACUGGUCCCCUGCACUAAUGUCCCUUGUUAAGCAUACCCCCAAUGGAACAGUCAACGACUGGCUGCUGCUGUUUCGUGACCCCGAGCCGACCUGGGUCUCAACCUUGGGUCGCGUUACGCAAUGCGGGGAUAGCGCACAUCCUUUCUUGCCAACCUCAGCCAACGGAGCCACACAGGCGAUGGAAGACGCUGCUACGCUUGGGACUGUUCUUCGGCUAGGGUUCGAUGCCAAGUGCACCAUCAAGGAAUCGUUGCAAGUGUACAAUUCUUUUCGCUUUGAGAGAACGUCUUGCGCACAACUGAUGGGUGCUUAUCAUCGCCAGAUUCAUCAUAAUACAAACUGGGACGAAGUCCAGAAGACACCAGAGAUUUUGACUGGAGCCGGUCCUGGGAAGUGGAUCGCCAACCAUAAUCCAGAACGCUACGCCAUUGAUAACUUUGAGGAAUGCCUUGCGAGUUUCCGUGGGGGUCAAUUCUCAAACACCAAUACGCCUCCUGGCUUUAAAUACCGGCCAUGGACUUGCGCCGAGUUGUUGCGCCGUCAAAAGGAAAAGGGCCAUUUUACCAUUGAUGGAGAUUGGGAUUAA